CCCUGAAGUUUUUUUUAGUUGCCAAAAACUAAAAUAAUUUUUUGGAAUUUAAAGAAAAUAUAUUAAUACGUGCACCAGCACAAAGUAAUAAAAAGUUCUGUAGUUAUAAAACAUUUAUCGUGUUCAACGACCGCGUUUCGGCAUAUCGAUUUGGCAAAGACCGGCGUCGCAAUUGCCUCGCAGAAAUUUUUGCCCUUGUCGCCACUUUGCACUUUAAGGAGGACGCCCAUUGACAGGGAAUUUUCAAUGGUAUAGAGAGGAGGAGCACGUGGAGUUGCCGAGAUGAAUUUCGACUACAUUAGCCAUGCGCUUGGCUACCAUGGACAGCCUCUGCAAAAAAUCUGGGAUGACGAGCGGGGCGUGGACGACCUGCGAACGAUGGGACUGACCCAGGUGAACUUCAGCGUCUACCAGGAGCGUCAGAAGUACUUCACCUUCCAGGAGCGGGCCAAACGCCUCAAGAUGCAUCAGUUUCUGGCGCGCAAGGCCACCGAUCUGUACGAUCGUCUGCUGGUGGCGAACGUUAUGGAGGAUUCGUUUCUAACGCAAGCCAACCUCAGUCUGGUGCAGCAGCCACCAUUUGAGUUUUUCCACUCGGCAAAGGACAAAAGAAAGGCGUGGGCGCAUCGCUUGCGUGCCUUGAAGCAGGGCGGCAUCAUCUAUACCAUGGUGACGAAGCUGGCCCCCGGCAACAGAUUGAUGGUGAAGCCAUUGUGCACUGCUGAGCCUAUGCACGCUUACCUAGCUGAUAUACCCAUCAAAGCCAUCAUAAUGCAGGACUAUUGGGGUCCCUUGCCCCUAGACAAGCAAGGUAACCAGCGAAACUUUGCUGUGAAUGAUAUACUGCGAUGUGAGAUCUGUGGCAUAUCCGCGGAUACGGAGCGACUCACACUGAACAUGAUUGGCAUGUACAACAAGUCGGUUGAUUUAAAGUUGGGUCUUUGCGACAUUGCCGACCUGCCGAAAUACUACCGAAAUAUCCACAACAAGGAGCAUCCAUCGACGGUGCAUUACGAGGAUAAACUGACCGAAGCGAUGCAGUUCCACAAUCCAAACUACGAUUUGCUUUUCCAGCUGAAUGGCCUUCAGCCAAAUGAGAAUUUAUCUCUGAUGAGCCAUUUAAAAUCUGGCUUCCCGGAUGCAGAGAGCGCAGCGGAACUUCGUCAGAAGCAGGCCUCCCAAUGGGCUUUCCGCUCCGUGGCUGAUGGCAUUGAGCACUUUAAAAAUGGCCAACAAGUCGAGGCCUUUCAGUGCCUAAACAAGGCUCUGAACAUUGAUCCGCGCAAUGUUGAGGGUCUAGUGGCCCGCGGUGCUCUCUACGCGAACCGCGGCAGCUUUCUCAAGGGACUGCAGGACUUCGAGAAGGCGCUGAAUUUAAACAAGUAUCACGUGAAUGCGCGCAAGUACAUGGGAGAGACACUGGUGGCUCUGGGUCGCAGCUACGAGGAAGAGAACCGCAUCCCUGAGGCGAUUAAAGCCUAUAGCGAUUGCCUGAACCUUUUGCCCCAACACGAAGAGGCACGUCAAUCCUUGGACGCCCUACAGCGGCCGCCAAAUGCUUUGGUCCCCAGUGAAAGUGAUGACGGUAAGCAUAGACUAAACGCCGAGGUGAUCAACCUGACAGGCGGCCAUUCCUCCGAUGAGUCCAGCUCCUCGAGUGCCAGUGAAAGUGAUAGCGAGGAUCAGGCUGGUAAGGUCAAGGCCAACAUAAGUCAGCCUUUUUAUGCCCAAAGCACAAAUCAGCCUCCAGGGGAGAAGUUGGCAGUCAUACCCGCCCAGAAGGCAAACGAGUUCAGACUGGAUGAGGAUGAAACCAUGACCAGUGUGAGAAAGCUGUUGCGCGAGGCCAGCAAGCAUAAGAAGGCAAAAAAAAAGGGCAAGAAGAAAAAGGAUAAGAAGGAGAGAAGGUCCAGGACAAAGUCUGCGGACGAUCCCAUGGAGAUUUUAAAGAAACUUGACUUUCAAGAGGCCUUCAGACAAGACAAGCUAAUGAACAGCGCCAGCAGCGAGGCCGAACUCAAAGCCAAGAUCAAGGAAUAUUUAAAUCAACGGAAUAGCGGCGAUGACUCACCGCCGCCUGCUCCACCACCAAUGAAAAAGUUAUCAACUCAGGAAAAGCGUUCUCACUACGACUCCAUAGGACCUAGCACUUCACGACACGCGGCUGCCGCCUCCUCAGGCGGUAGAGCACCGCCGAGUUUGAAAUAUCAGGAUCAAAAGAAGCCCCCAGAGCCGGCUCCUAAACUCUCCUUUCAGAUCAAAAAGCGACCGCUGCAAAUGGAUAAAUUUGGACUACUGCGCCUGGCGACGCCAGCGGAACCAUUAAGGGGAAGAAACAGCAGCUCACAGAGUCGGAGCCGCUCACGAAGUCCGCGUCGAAGUCCUCGUCGCCCCGGAAGGAGUGUGCGGCGCAGAAGCAACCGCCGUGACUCGCGGUCUAUCUCCAGAUCACGUUCAAGAACCAGAUCGCGAUCGCGCAGGCGUCGCAGCUUUUCGCGUUCGCUCAGUCGCUCCCGCUCGCCUCGCUACGGCAAUCGUUUUGUAAGAGGUUCUGGUCGCUUUAUUAACCGCCGCAAUCGACGCUCCCGUUCGCGAUCCUUCCAGCGUAGGCGAACACCUCCACACCGUCGCACACCGUCGCCAUUUGUGCCCCGUCGCACACCAUCACCAGCCUCUCGCUAUCGUCGCACUCGUUCUAGGAGCCGUUCUCGAUCCCGCAGUUACAGUCCCCGUCGCUUUCCACCACGUCAUACGCCGCGUGGUAGGGGACGCGGACGCGGCUGGAUUCGCGGCAAGUACUCUUGGUAUAAUCAUGAUAAACGCAGUGCUUCCAGGACCAAAGACUCAAAUGGCAUGGAGGAGGAAAUCAGACCGGAUAAGUUCGAAGGCAGUGAAAGGAACGUUAGGAAAUCGGAAGCAGAUGGUGAACCCACAAUUGAGCAGGUGGACGAGAUGAUCAGGGAUCAUCAAAAGGAGCGCAAGCAGGGUAUUAUAGAAGCCUUCAAAGAGGUCAAGGAGUAGGCUCUUCAGCUCCCACAUGAACUACAAGUGCUAAGAUUCCUUUUAGUUUAUAUAACUAAAAUUUGAUUUUCAAACUCAAAUUUGUAAGACGCACCGCAUAAGUAAUGUAAUGCUAACAACUCCUCAAUAAAGAAGCUUUCGAAGCGAGACUUUGGCAUGACCUGCCCACUUUAAAGUCCA